UUAAAUUAUUAGUUAUUAUAUUGAUGUAUAAAUUUACAUUGUCCUAUAUAUUCAAUUGCAAACUCGAGAGAAUAAUAAUAGAGAGGACUCAUUUCUGUCUAUGACUCUUCGGUAUAAAUAACGCAUAUGAGCCACUAAAGAGUUUCCACAAAUAUUUUUACGCAAAAAAUAACAAAAAUGAAUGAAGAGAGACCCAAAAAGUCGAAGAAGAAAAGUCUCAUGAACUUCUACAAAUUCUCCAUCACUUCGUCGAAACACUCACUUAUAAACCCUAAAUCCAAACCAAAAAUCCCGAUCACGCCAUCAAUAUGUCAAGAAGAAGUAGAAGAAAAACCAAUCGUCCAAUCAAAUAAAACACAAAACCAUGUGAUGAGAGACAUCUUCGAGUUAGAGACUACUUGUAGUAGAAAUAAUGAAAGAAAGAAAGGCGGUGGUGCGGCGGAGGAGGGGAGGAAAUCGGUGUCUCACGUGGAGAGGGAUACGACGGCGAGGAUAGAGGCAGCGGCGGAGAUGUUGACGGUGAGGAUACUAGCUGCGGACAUGCCGGGGUUUAUGCAGGCACAUGCGUUUAGGUGUGCGAGAAUGACUUUAGAUAGUUUGGAGAAGUUUAGUUCGAAGCACAUGGCUUUCAAUCUCAAGAAGAAUAUUGAAUUAUAUAAGUUUUGGAUCUCAAAAAAAAUGGAUGGAAGAGUGAUUACUAGAAUUAAAUAAAUAAAACAGAGUGAUGGGGAAAUGGUCCAGCUAAUGUUGAAAAGGGCAAUGACCCAACAGAGCCAUGUGGUCCUCUUCCACCCUUAUCCCUUUUUUGCACUUAUUUUUUUGGAUCCCUCUUUUGUCUCUCUCUCUCGAUCUUCACGUUAAGGAUUAUUGACUACAAGAUCUUUUGGAAAUUAUUUUGUAGACAUUUUGUAAAAGAAGUCUGACAUUUUGAUGAUAUCGUUGAAAUUUAACCA